ACAAAAUCCAGAUUAUCUUACCGCUGAAGGAUUUGCAGGGCACAAGGUCGAGGAAACAGAGGGAAGAAGAGGAUGAACAGCGUGUUAGUGGUUGUAUCUAUUGGUGGUAAAAUUUAGAGCAAAGGAUUACGAUUAAUUGGCGUUUCAGAAACUUAGAGAGAGAUCGAAAGAGAUGGGGACGGUAGGACUGGCGCCGGGACUGUCUCGGAAGCUGAAGAAAGUGUUAGAAUGUCGGACGGAGAGUCCGGAUCUACUCUCGUCGCUCAACACUCUCUCCACUUUCUACUCAGAAAACACUCCGCAGGCGCGUCGCAACCUCAGAUCCACCAUAGAUAAGCGCUCUCUCCAGAUCAAUCAGGAGUUCCUAUUGGCCGCAGCCGCCCAGCUUUCUUUAAAUCGCGUGAAGGACGAAGUCAAUGCCCUGGCCGAUGCUGCGACAAGUAAGAUUGCGAAGGCCCUCAGCAGUUGCAGUGCCACCACAGGGGAUAUCAUCACCACCACCGAGAGGCUCAAGCAGGAACUUGACGUCACUACGCAGAGGCAGCAGAUUGUCUCCUGCUUCCUUCGUGAUUAUCAGCUUUCUAAUGAUGAGAUAAAGGCAUUGAGGGACGAGGAAUUGAGUGAAAAUUUCUUCAAAGCGCUCGCUCAUGUUCAAGAUAUUCAUGCCAACUGCAAAGUACUGCUAAGGACUCAUCACCAGCGUGCAGGCCUGGAGCUUAUGGAUAUGAUGGCCGUGUACCAAGAAGGAGCAUAUGAACGCCUCUGCAGGUGGGUUCAGGCUGAGUGUAGGAAAUUGGGUGACACUGAUAACCCAGAAGUCGGUGAUCUUUUGAGAACAGCAGUUCGCUGCCUUAAGGAAAGGCAUGUGCUUUUCAAGUAUUGUGCAGAAGAGGUAGCAAAUAUGAGGCAUAAUGCAUUAUUUAGGAGAUUCAUAAGUGCCCUUACACGUGGAGGGCCUGGCGGAAUGCCAAGACCAAUUGAAGUACAUGCUCAUGAUCCUUUACGAUAUGUAGGAGACAUGUUAGGGUGGUUACAUCAGGCGUUGGCAUCUGAACGAGAACUUGUUCUAGUGUUGCUUGAUCCAGAUGCUGUCACAGAUAGUGGAUCCACUGCAGGUGGAUUCUCUAACAGCUUGGAGAAGAACUCAGGAAAGGCAGAAGCAGACUUGAAAUUUGUCUUGGACAGAAUUUUUGAGGGAGUUUGCCGGCCAUUUAAAGUGAGAGUGGAGCAAGUUUUACAGUCGCAGCCUAGUCUUAUAAUUGCAUAUAAACUAAGCAAUACCCUGGAUUUCUAUAGCUACACUAUUUCAGAUUUACUUGGGAGGGAAACAGCUCUCUGUAAUACUCUUUGGAUGCUGAAAGAUGCUGCGCAGAAGACCUUCCUUGACAUCUUGAAAAGUCGAGGGGAAAAGCUUUUGCGUUAUCCUCCACUCGUUGCUGUUGAUCUUUCUCCACCGUUGGCAGUGAGAGAGGGAGUCUCCGUACUGCUUGAAAUAAUGGAGACUUAUAAUGGCAUGAUGGUUCCUGCUUCAGGGAAGAAGCCUCCCUUUGAUCCAGUGAUCUCUGCUUUGCUUGAUCCCGUCAUUCAGAUCUGCGAACAAGCAGCAGAGGCACACAGGUCUAAGUUGGCCAGCCACUUAUCUAGAAGAAGCAGAGCAACUUCUGACUCGGGCCAACUAAGUAAAUCAGCAGUUGAUGCAAUGCUGUCAAGUAGUGGCUCUGCCGUAUCCUCUCAGGACAAUGAAGGGCCAUCAAAGAUCUUCCUCAUCAACUGUCUAUGUGCCAUCCACCAACCACUUCUCGGACAUGAAAUUGCAGCUGAAUAUGUGAAGAAUCUUGGAGCAAUGAUUGCUAAGAAUGUAGACAUUCUUGUGGAAAAAGAAGUUGAUGCCAUUCUGCGAAAAUGUGGCCUGUCGCAGAAGAUGCAUCACUUCCAUGGUUGGCUAGACAGGAAUUCUAGCAGCACUGUUGGGGUUCGUCUGGCUGACUUGGAAGACACAUCUCCAGCGUCUCUUUCAGACUGUUUGAGAACUUUCUUUAUGCUGGUUUUAGGAAGUGAAGGCUCCUUGCCUGAGUUUGAACAGAUGCAGGUUCCAAAAUUGCGAUCUGAGGCUUGCAUUCAAUUAGCUAGGUCGCUAACUGGAGCUUAUGACCUCAUCUACAAAGCUAUUAUGGAUCCCGGGAAUGGCUAUCCAGACCCGAAGUCCCUGGCAAGGCAUCCUCCAGAUCAGAUAAGAACCAUCUUAGGCAUAUAAAAUCACCAAAAGAUUUUUGUUUUUUUUUUUUUGUGAACACCAUCUAUUACCUGUACCCUUAAGCAAGAAUUAGUACAUUAGAGUUCCGUCAUCUACAUCCAAGUUCAUUUAUUUAUAAUCUUUAAGCAACAGAUAAUAAAAAUGUUUGUAAUUCUAAUUCUCUAUUCUUCUUGUGUGAUUGUAGCAUCCAUAUUCAAGACCCUGUCAAAA